GGGCAGAUAAGAGUGCUCAUCCAGCAGCACUCAGCCCUGCUCUACAAACCACUUCUUUGCAAAAUACCUGACCGGUAGCCAUCACGAUAGCAUCAUCCCUUUGCGCCACUCAGAUCUUAUUGAUCGCCCCGCUAAGCUCAGCUGGUCUCAAACAUUAACACACAGCCCCCGUCCGUUCACGCGGCUCGCGCCUUGGGCCAAUAGCACGUCAUGAGGCCGUGGAAGUCUAGCAAGGCCAAACUCGAAGCCGUCCACGCAUUUCGAUUCGGUGAUCAGAAGCACGAUGGGAAGUACACUCCAAAACCAGAACCACCAGAUCCACCCGCAAAUGCUUUUCCCCCAGUUCCUGGCCAAGGGGAGAGCUCGGGUUAUUACGGUCCCAACGGUCCAUACGGUCCCUGGGUGCCUCAGUCGCCGGUCCCAAACGCACCAGGCUAUUAUACAAACCCUACGCCAUACCCACAGUAUCCAGGCUACAUGAUGCCCCAUCAACCAACACAGGCUCCCCCACAUGGCCUGGGUAUACAGCAGCAGCAGCAGCCGCAGCAGUAUGUAUACCAGGCACAGGUAUACUACUACAAUCAACAGCACCAGCCAUCCUCACCAGCGCAGGGGCAAGCCCCUUUCCCGCCUACGAAUGCAAACCAAAACGCAUAUCAGAACAGCCAACCCUACAGUUACAACACACACGGGCAGACACCUGCCCCAAGCACCUCACCCGAAGCUGGCGUCCAAUUAUCGCCACCAGCCCACAGCAGCCCAUCGCCACCACAGCAAGCUCACACCCGCGGACCACAACGUAGCUUGACAUAUGACAAUCCAUAUGAGCCAUAUGAAGAGCCUUUCGCGCCGCCUCAGCGCAUCCAGACAGAGCCUCCUCAGAUGGCUCCACACGACUGCAGAGAUUAUGGUUUCUUGUGA